UCACAAUUAACCUUCAAUUCAAUGGCUAAUUUCAUCAAACUUUUCUUUUUAUUUUUCUUCCUCCAACAAUUAAUUUUCUCUAAUGGCCAAAACAAUGUUGUCAAAGGAGGGUAUUGGUUUAGGGAUAGUGGAUUAUCCUUAAACAACAUUGAUUCAACUCUUUUCACACAUCUAUUUUGUGCGUUCGCAAACCUUAACCCCCAAUCGAAUCAAUUAGUCAUAUCGCCAGAAGAUCAAGAUUCGUUCAGACAAUUCACGAGCACAGUUAUGGGGAAGAAUCCGUCGGUUAAAACUUUGUUGUCCAUAGGUGGAGGGAGAGCUAAUAGAACAGCUUAUGGAGUCAUGGCGAGAACACCAAAUUCAAGAAAAAGUUUUAUUGAUUCAUCAAUAAAAUUGGCUAGACAAUUGGGAUUUCAUGGACUUGAUCUUGAUUGGGAAUAUCCUGAAUCAACUAUAGACAUGACAAAUUUAGGUACUCUUUUAGACGAAUUUCGUGCUGCCAUCAACACAGAGGCAAGAAAUUCUGGUAGGGCAUCACUAUUUCUCACAUCGGCUGUUUCCAACACACCCCGGGUCAAUGGUUUGAACUAUCCAGUUCAAUCUGUGGCUCGAAACUUAGAUUGGCUCAAUGUCAUGUCAUAUGACUUCUACGGACCGAACUGGUCACCAUCACAAACCAAUUCACAUGUACAAUUAUUCGACCCCGUGAGCGGCGUGAGCGGUAGUGAUGGGACUGCUUCAUGGAUUCAAGCAGGUGUUGCAGCACAAAAAUUGGUUCUUGGAAUUCCAUUUUAUGGCUAUGCUUGGCAAUUGGUAAAUGCGAAUAAUCAUGGACUUAGGGCUCCUGCAAAAUGGUAAAUCGAGUGCUGGUUCGAUCGAUGAUGGAUCGAUGACUUAUAUUCAAAUCAGGAAUUAUAU